GAGGCCGAGUCCUGGAAGCGGAGCUCCGUGCUGGGACUGGUUCCUUCGCAGCCAUUUUCUGUCCAACCAAACAGCCGAUUGGAGACGGGAGCCAACCAGGGCUGCAUUGGAGGUUGGAAUUGGGCAGAGAUUAGACACCUCUUUAGGCAGGUGUUCUUGAGUACCACUGACAACACGGUUCUCAAAGUAUUUCAUGACAAUGGAUGGUGACAGUUCCACCACAGAUGCUUCUCAACUAGGAAUUUCUGCAGACUAUAUUGGAGGAAGUCAUUAUGUUAUACAGCCUCAUGAUGAUACUGAGGACAGCAUGAAUGAUCAUGAAGACACAAAUGGUUCAAAAGAAAGUUUUAGAGAACAAGAUAUAUAUCUUCCAAUUGCAAAUGUUGCAAGGAUAAUGAAAAAUGCCAUACCUCAAACAGGAAAGAUUGCAAAAGAUGCCAAAGAAUGUGUUCAAGAAUGUGUAAGUGAGUUCAUCAGCUUUAUAACAUCUGAAGCAAGUGAAAGAUGCCAUCAAGAGAAACGGAAGACAAUCAAUGGAGAAGAUAUUCUCUUUGCCAUGUCUACCUUAGGCUUCGACAGUUAUGUAGAACCUCUGAAAUUAUACCUUCAGAAGUUCAGAGAGGCUAUUAAAGGAGAGAAAGGAAUUGGUGGAGCAGUCACAGCUACAGAUGGACUAAGUGAAGAGCUUACAGAGGAGGCAUUUACUAACCAGUCACCAGCUGGCUUAAUAACUGCAGAUGGUCAGCAACAAAAUGUUAUGGUUUACACAACAUCAUAUCAACAGAUUUCUGGUGUUCAACAAAUUCAGUUUUCAUGAUCUGAAGAAAUGAUGGACUGGAGAGUGUAGAGAACUGAGUCUGUAUGAUUCCAGAACAGAGACAUUAGAAGGAGCUGACUGGUGAAAAGAUGUCUCUUUGUAUAUUAAAUAGUUGUAAUGUAGCUUCCCAAUGCUUGACUAAUUGAGGUGUUAAUUCUGACUUGAGAAUCUUUUUCAUGAAUGAUUUUAAAGAAAAAUUUGGAUUUUAAAGGUAUUAAAAUAUUUUUGUUUUGUACAA